AUGGCAGGUAUCGUAGGCAGCCAAAGCGACAGCACGUGCAAUACGCACAACGCCCUGCGCAACAUAUCCAUAUCCUCAUACGCCUGCGGCGUGACUUUCGGGUUCAAGAGCACCGCGGAUCCGCCGCCCGACAUGCAUUACGGGGUAGUAUCUCUAAAAGAAUGCUGCGACAUGGCGAACCGCCCCCUGAUGCGUAUACCGGGCAACACGGGCUGCGAGAUGCAGUUCUGCGAGCUACCCGAAAGCACAACUUCUACUACCAAAACGAUCGGGCCGCCUGGCGACGUCGAUAAUUGUAUGCGCUUCGUCUACGAGCGCGACGUGCCUGAGAGUGUUGCCAAGGACAUCGCCUUCGCGAGCAGCUGGUGUAUUGUUCGUAUGUACGACGACGAGCUACCCGAUUCUGAGGUAUCUGCUGCCGUCACGGCAGCCCCGGCGCCUCCAAGCUGGACGACUGCGGCGAUGGACCAGUUUGAUGUCUACUUCUCGACUAAAAGUGCUGCUGAGGCGAGCGCGACUGCGGCUCCUAAGUCAAGCGAUGGGCCUAAGCGGUAUGCCGAACAGAGUACGUCAACGGGAGUCAAGAUAUGGGCGGUUGUCGCGUUGGCGACGCUUGGCCUUGUUGCUGCAUUAUGA